ACUCAGGCUUAGUAUCAUAUUGACGUCGAGUUUAGAGCCGCUAUUGUUUAAAGAUAAAACACUGCCCACAAUGUCUUUUAGAUACUUCAUUCUAACUCUUCAUCAUUCGUAUUCUGCAAUACCUAUUUAGUUUCUUACUUUAAGUACCUAUUAUUACCAUCAUGUCACGAGCAGUUCUCGUUACUGGAGCCACAGGCAAGCAAGGCGGCGCCGUUGUGAACGCGUUACUAAAAGCCGACGCCGACUUUGAGAUUCUCGCCCUUACUCGAAAUGCUGAGUCACCAACUGCACAACGGCUGGCGCAGAAGUCCCAUAAGAUCAAAUUGUUGACGGGUGACAUGGACGCACCAGAAAAUAUCUUCAGCAACGCCAAGGAGAUAACCGAGAAACCGAUAUGGGGAGUCUUUAGUGUACAGGCAGCUAUAGGCCGCGGCGCAAGCCCCCGAAAGGAAGAAGUCCAAGGCAAGGCUUUAAUCGAUGCCUCGAUCAAGAACGGCGUCAAGCAUUUUGUAUACUCGUCAGUCGACCGUGGUGGCGCCAGGUCGGAUGAUGAUCCAACCGACAUUCCGCACUUCAUCAGCAAGUACAGAAUUGAAAAGUAUCUUUUGGAGAAGACUAAGGGCGGCGAGAUGGCUUGGACAAUCCUCCGACCAGUUGCCUUCUUCGAGAAUCUAGUCCCGGGAUUCGCGGGUAAACUCUUCGCUACGAGCUGGAAGAUCACCCUUAAGAAGGACCAGAAACUGCAGUUAAUCGCGACAAGCGACAUCGGCUUCUUCGCCGCCGAAGCGCUGAGAAACCCGGAGCAGUGGAAAGGCAAGAAGUUGAGUCUGGCCGGGGACGAACUGACGUACGAUCAGUUUGCCACGAUUUUCAAGGAGAAGACUGGCGAUGAUCUGCCCACCACAUACCAUUUUGUUGCUACCAUCAUUCUCUGGAUGUCGAAGGAACUUGGGUAUAUGUUCAGAUGGUUCCGCAACGUCGGUUACGGAGCUGAUAUUGCGGCGCUGAGGACGAUGAACCCUGAUCUUAAGGACUUUGGGACGUGGCUGGAAACGGACAGUCAAUUUAUGACUCGCUUGUAGGCCGGGGAUCUCACGUAAUAAAUGAGUGUCAGUCCGUACUGGCAUGAUCUGUGUUUGUUAAAAGGAAUGGUCUUGGAACUGUUGUUUAAUGUAAAUAGUACUAUGUAUUAAUUCAUACUCUCUUCCUUGGUUAUGGAAA